AUGCAUGGCACACGGCUUCAUAUUCAGAACAGAGAUAUCAAGCGACCAUCGAGGUUGGAAGUCAACUUGGAUUUCGGGGCACGGCACGAAGAUGCUGCCAUCGAGGCUUACCAGGAGCGGGUGGGCAGCCAGGUGUAUGGGCAGCAGCAUCGAGUUUGUUUGCCUUUGCCGGUGGACGGUGCCACACACGCGCUUUGUCAAGCAUUUCCUGCCCCCCACGAAGGCACUCGUCCACGUGAAGACAUCAAGGCCAAUGCUGUCGGACAAGAAAGCAAGCCACCGUCAGAUGCACGUGAAGUCCCUGUUCACCGGCCGUUCUUCCUCCUCACCGGCUUCGUGGACGGCCUU